AUGGAGACGCCCAACAUUUAUUACUAUGACUGGUUGUUUACACCUCAUCGAUCUGUCGAUUUGUCGCUGAAGAUCCUAGUUACUGUGUUUGUUUUUUUGACGCUCCUUCUCAUAGCCGCAUGGCACGCCUCCCGAAAGUCCUACAGAAGAGCACCUAGAGACAAUCGGUUCAUGGUGCCUAAGAUAGGUGACCUCUAUCGAUUUGACUUCCAGCUGUUGUUAUCGGGGACUUCAACCACCUCAUGUUCGGAAGUCGUGACCGGUCGCCUUGGUAGAUACACGGCUGUGGUCGUCAAUGAUUGGAAAUUGAUCAAGUUACACGAACAGUCAAUAGACUUAGAUUGCUUCUACUCCGCAGCCCCAGGUGCACUACGAUCCAAAUGGUACGGAGUACUCUUGUCUGAUUCUUCACUAUUCAAUCGAUCUCAGCUACGUGCCGUUCUGCUUCACGCAUUUGAUAGCCUGCCGAAUGGUUCUUACACAGCGGUCGGAUUGUUGGGCGCCAACCUUUUAGGACUGAGCGAGACCACAAACCAUCAGCUGAUUUCAAGUGAGGCCAUUCUGAAAGAAUGGAUGUGCGGUGUUCUAGCAGAAUUUCUCUUCUUCAACUCCUCCGAAUUCGCCAACGACAUGCAUGAAAGUGUUGCGCAGAAGGCAAAUUUUGUUUCUCAUUUCAAAUCUCUGGUGAACAGUUUGGAAUCCUUCCACAUUGAUGGGAAGCCCUCCAACCAUCAGGAUACGGUAGUGCGGGAACCGUCGACAGUUGCAGAGCUGCUUUCAAGUACCGAUCGCCUUCUUAGUCCAUUGGUUCAGCAUGCGAUGGCGCGUUCUCUCAGUCAUACUCAGGAAUUUGCAAGCAGAAAACUGCAGGUGAAGUCGCGGUCUGACAGCUACUUGAAUCGAUUGGUACGGACGUAUCACCAGCUGAACGAGGAAGGUGAAUUUGUGGACUUCAUGCACAUGACACACUUAACACAUUGCUUAUCUGAAAUCGGCCUUAUUCUGCGGUUUGUCCUCGCCCGAAAUCUGAGACUGCUUUUCGCUGCCCUUGCACAACGACCAGUCUGGCAGCAGCGCCUCAGGGAAGAAGCGUUGUCCAGUUCCAAAGAAUCAUCCGCAACGACAGAAUCCGGCGUCCCCGAUUUACGAUGGGCAUCCGCCAAUUUGCUACUGCAACGCACAGAUCAGCUUGUCUGGACAAAGGCGCUAGUAAAUGAAGCGAUGCGUUUCACUGCACCUGGAUGGCCCUGGGGCUGCAUCAGACAAGCAACUCGAGACGGACGGAUACAGGAGUGCGACUACGCUCAAGACGACCUGAUACUAUUCAACCAGCCGGCUUAUUUGUCUGACCUCACAUUGUGGAAUGGACAGACGCCAGUUGAUUCCCCUAGCCCGACACCUCACCUAGGUUUUAAUCCUUGGCGUUUCCUGGACCCUGAGGUGAACAUCUUUCGAAAUCAGAAGCUCUGCCUUCCCGUUCAUUGGGCUCAGUUUGUCCUAAUGGGUUACACCGUAUGUAUUCCGAACGAAUGCAUUUAUCGCUUACUCACAGCCCUUUUGUUGCAUUUAUCACACGGUGGAUGGCGCAUACAGAAUGCCAACUCGGACAAUGAACUCAAUCUUACAGAUGACCCGGUUUUGCUUACUUCUGAUUUGCCUUCGUUUGUCCUACACGCUCCUCAUUCGACUUCUGUCUAAUAAUCAUAGUUCUUCAUUUGUUGGGUGUUAUGUCUCGCAUUUAUUCCCCUUUGCAAAUGGUUUUUUGGCUGGUUUUCCGCCCCUGUUUUAGACCAGCAAGGUUUAAACGUGUAAGCAAA